CCUCAACAAAAUACACCAAGAAAUUUUCUCACUUGACGCCAUCUUUUCAGAAGAACGUGAACGCGUCGUUGCUGAUUAAUCAUCUUUCAGAAGGUAACAAGACAGCACUAUGCCGGGCUUCAGUAGCGUCGGGACUUUCAAGAUAUUUGUCGGAAAUUUAGCGGAGAAGACUGUGUCUGCUGACAUUAAGCCACUGUUUGAGAAGUACGGCAAGGUGGUGGAGUGUGAUGUUGUCAAGGACUAUGGGUUUGUCCACAUGGAGUCCGAAGAACAAGGACGAGAUGCAAUCCAAAAUCUCAACGGUUACUUAGUGCAUGGCUCUGCUAUCAAAGUGGAAGCUGCUACCAGCAGAAAAGGACCCAACACACCAACGACCAAGAUCUUUGUUGGUAAUCUGUCUGACAAUACAAGAGCCCCACAGGUACGCCAGCUGUUCGCCAAGUAUGGAACUGUCGUUGAAUGUGACAUCGUCCGCAAUUACGGAUUUGUGCACAUUGACUCUACCGAUAUAAACAAGAUGGUGGAAGAGCUGAAUGGGACAAUGGUGGAUGGACAGCCGAUGAAGGUGCAAGUGUCGACCAGCAAAGUUCGUCAGCGGCCAGGAAUGGGAAACCCAGAGCAAUGUUACAGGUGCGGCCGCGGCGGCCAUUGGUCUAAGGAGUGUCCCAAGACUGGAAUGGGCCCUGACAGAGGGUACUUCAGAGGCAGGAUGGGACGAGACCCGUACCCUCCUCCACCUCCCCCACCAUUCCUGAGAGAUCGUAUGCUGACAGGUGGAUUUGGCAAGGACAGCUACUAUGACAGGUACUACGACCGCCCUUCAAGCAGGUUUGAUGACCGUGACUCGUUUGAUCGCCGCCUGCCCCCCCUCCCCCCAAGAGACAUGGGCCGACGAGACUUUCUGCCUCCCCCUCUACCCCCCAGAGAACCUCUGCCCCCUCUUGGAGGUCUGAGAGGUCCUCCUCGGGACUCUUUCGAGAGGUCUAUGUUCAGCCGCCGCUCACCUCCUCCUAGCGCCAGAUUUGGCAGUGCAAUGGAUGACUACUAUGCCAGAGACACAUAUGACGACCGCAGAAUUGGUCUGCGUGGAGCGUCACCGCGCCGUUAUGCGCCUUACUAACCGACGGUUGAUCACGUGACGGUAGUUUGCGACCGUGCGUCGUCGUGCCGCCACAUUUUAUCCUAAGACGUCAUCACUCUAGUGUAAUGUAGCUCCGUACAUUAUUCGAACAGUUCGGUACCGGCUGGUAAGUCGUAUCCGGACAAUGUAAUUAUAUCAGUGUAUGUUUUUCUGUAUUUUAUAAAUGUAUCGAGCAAAAUGUUAUUUGCCCUUAAGCUGUCUGAUCAAAUAAAAUAAACUUGUUUACUGUC